AUGGGUAUUCAAAAGAAGCAUGGAAAAGGUCGUUUGGAUAAAUGGUAUCGCCUUGCGAAGGAGAAGGGAUACCGAUCCCGUGCUGCUUUCAAGUUGGUUCAGCUGAACAAGAAAUAUGGAUUCCUGGAGAAGAGCAAAGUCUUGCUGGAUCUUUGUGCUGCCCCUGGUGGUUGGUGUCAAGUUGCCGCAGAGUGUAUGCCGAAUCAAAGUAUCAUCAUUGGUGUUGAUCUUUCCCCCAUCAAACCUAUCCCUCGAGUCAUCAGCUUCCAGAGUGAUAUCACCACUGAUAAGUGCCGCGCUACAAUCCGAUCCCAUUUGAAAACCUGGAAAGCAGACACUGUUCUUCACGAUGGUGCCCCCAACGUCGGUACAGCUUGGGUGCAAGAUGCUUUCUCUCAGGCUGAGUUGACGCUGGAAUCGUUGAGACUGGCCACGGACUUUCUGAUUGAGGGUGGAACCUUUGUCACCAAGGUUUUCAGAUCCAAGGAUUACAACCCUCUUCUGUGGGUGUUCAAACAGUUGUUCACCUCCGUUGAAGCUACCAAGCCUCCCUCUUCUCGUAACGUAUCAGCCGAAAUUUUCGUUGUCUGCCGUGGAUUCAAGGCUCCCAAGCGCAUCGAUCCGAAGUUCCUUGACCCCAAGCACGUUUUUGCAGAACUUUCUGCGCCGAACCCAAACAAUGAAGCCAAGGUUUUCAACCCUGAAGUCAAGAAGCGAAAGCGUGAUGGUUACGAGGAGGGCGACUACACUCAAUUCAAGGAGAUCCCUGUAGCGGAAUUCAUCAACACCACCGACCCUAUUGCCAUUCUAGGUUCCUACAACAAACUCAGUUUCCAGCAACCCCCAGGCGGAGAUCUUGCUAUGUCUACUAUCGAUCGACUGGAGGAAACUACAGAGGAGAUUCGAACUUGCUGUGAGGAUCUGAAGAUUCUUGGAAAGAAAGAAUUCCGAAACUUGCUCAAAUGGCGUUUGAAGCUCCGUGAAAAGUUCGGCCUGGUUGUCAAGAAGAAGCAGGGACAAGAGGAAGACGAGGCAGAGGAAGUCGCAGAAGUUGCUCCGAUGGAUGAGGAAUUGGCUAUCCAGGAACAGUUGCACAAGAUGCGAGAGAAAGAGACUACCCGGGAAAAGAAAGAAAGACGCAAGGAAAAUGAGAAGAAGCGAAAGGAAAUUGUCCGUUUGCAAAUGCAUAUGACCACACCCAUGGAAAUUGGUAUGGAGCAAGUCGGUCCUGGUGGUGACGACACUACAUUUUCCCUUCGGCGCGUGGAUAAGGCAGGUGCCCGAGAUGCUGUUGUCAAUGCUCGUGAUUUGCCCGUUGAAAGCGAGAGCGAAGAAGAUGAUUCGGAAGAUGACGAGAGCGACGACGAUGGCGAUCGCCUCGAAAGAAUGCUCGAUUCUAUGUACGACCAAUAUCAAGAGCGUAUGGAGGACAAGGACUCCAAACUGCGUGCAAAGAAGUCACGCAAACAAUACGAGAACGAUGAAUGGGAUGGCUUCUCCGAAGAUAAUAAAAGUGAUGACGAAGACGAGAACGAGGAACAGACCGAAGCCGCUCACUCAACGGCAGAGGAACCUGCAGCCAGCAGUCUCUCCAACAAUGCAUCUCUUUUCUUCGAUCAAGAUAUCUUCCAAGGGUUAGGAGGCGAGGAAGAUGAAGAAGACGAGGAGGACGAGGCCGAGGACGAUGAAGAAGAGGAGGAUGAAGAUGAAGAUGAAGACGAAGAAGAGGACGAUAGUGACACCGAAGAAGAAAUCCCAGUUUCCAAGCAAAAGAACAAGAACAAGAAAAAAUCAGAGAAGCAGGAUUCCGAGUGGGUUGACGCUGAUGAAGAGGCCGAUUACCUUGAAGAACCUCGCAAAGCCAAUGGCCAGCUAGAUAUCGAUAUUAUUACAGCGGAAGCUAUGGCUUUGGCUCACCAGAUGGCCACUGGCGAGAGAAGGGCCACUGAUGUGAUGGACGAUGGCUUUAACCGGUUUUCAUUCCGUGAUGUCGAUGGUCUUCCAGAGUGGUUCAUUGAUGAUGAGGGCAAACACAGCAAGCUUCAACGCCCAAUCACCAAAGCGGCAGCGGAUGCUAUCAAGGAAAAGCUCCGUGCUAUCAAUGCUCGUCCUAUCAAGAAGGUGAUGGAGGCGAAGGGUCGUAAGAAGUUCAAGGCUGCGCAGAAGUUGGAGAAGCUGCGCAAGAAGUCUGCUUUGCUGGCCGAUGACGAGGCUCUUAGUGAGCGCGACAAAGCUCAGUCGAUCUCCAAGCUCAUGAGCAAGGCUACCAAGAAGAAGCCCAAGCAGCAAGUCAAGUUGGUUGUGGCCCGCGGUAACAACCGUGGUAUUUCUGGUCGUCCCAAGGGUGUGAAGGGUAAAUACAAGAUUGUGGACGCGCGUAUGAAGAAGGAUAUUCGAGCCCAGAAGAGAUUGGCGAAGAAGAAGGCCAAAUAA